AUGAACUUCCUGGUUUCCUUCCAGUUCCAGCUGCCCAGCUGGCCACUCAAUCAGCCUGCAGGGCGGGUCGUCGAGCCGAAGUCAUACUUCACCACGUACUCCAUGGCCAAGAAAGGCCUCAUAGACCAGUGGUUUGACAACGCUCUUUUUCGAGAGACUUUUGGCUACAGCCACCUCUACAUCACUGAGGAGGCGGUGGCCAUGGUGGCGGCAGCUCAGAAGCAGAGCCGCCCCAGGCAGACACACUCGCAUAACAAGCGGCCUGGCACGUUGACCCUCGUGGCAGGGCCCGUGGUUAUUUCCCUUUGUACAAUGGUUUUGGUGAUGCUUUGCGGUGGCUUGAGCCUUUCUGUUGCAUGCUCCACAUCCUGGAGCCUGUGCAGUCUUUGCCAGUUCGGCUUCUUUGUCUCCUCGCCUGCUACACACGUUUGUGGCUUCGUAACGCAGCCAGCCUACCGGCUGUGGAUGCCCUUCCAGGGCGGCUCGCUUCACGUCUUCCUUCAGGGCAUAGGCUGGUCCUGCUUCGCGCUGCUGCUGAUGCAAUGGUGUGCAAGUUACUACGGCGAGGAGAUGCUCUUGACCGAGUUUCCCUACGUCGGAGACAGCCGACUCAAGGCAGCUUUUGGCUUGAUCGCACAGGUGACGCUGGGACUGAGCGCGCUCAAGUCUCGGCCAUUUGGGCUCCCCCACAUCUCGUAG